CAAAAAUUAAAAACUAACUAAAUAAGUAUUUGGAAUUAAUUAAAUUCAAGAUAAUUUUAAUCAAAUUAAGAUAGAACUUUGACUUUGAGAUUGUAUAUGAACUCGCUUCUUAAUAGACCAUAGACCUAAAAAACAUAAAUAGAGCAGUUUAGCAAUUUUUAAGAAGGAAUAAAUGCAUUGUUUACUUCCACUUCCUCUUUGGAUUCUAGCCGUAUCUCAAAUAACUUUGACAAGGACUAUUGGAUAAACUAUUAUACUCAAUAAAAAAUUAAAGUGAAAGAGGAAAAACAAAAAAUACAAUUCUUAUCAGAUAAAAAAUAGCCUACUAACAUCUUAAAUGGCAAGCGAUAGUUAAUAUUUUCUAGACCAUACAAAUCCAAAGUUAUAAAUAAGAAGUAGGUUAACAUGAAAUUAGAUUCUUCUUAAUUAGAUUUAGGCGAGAGAGUAUUAGAUUGCUUAAAAUAGCAAGAAAAUAGCUAAGUAGUACAAUAAGAAGCAGAAUAACUUGAAAAUAUCUAGGCUAAUGAAAGCUAAAAUAAUUAGGUUGGUAAGGGAGAACAAUUAAUUAGUCCUUGCUUGUCUUAAAACAAUUUACAAAGUAUGAUUUCUUAAAAAAAUGAUUAAGAGUUUUCAAAAUAACAACAGCAACAACAAUAAUAAUUAAUUUAACUUUAAUUAUAGCAAAUACAAUAAUAUAACAUGCUUUUGUAAAAUUCAACACAAUUUCAGACUCCUUAAUCUUCAGGAUAAACAAGUCCUAUUUAGAGUGUUAGUACUUUAGCAUACAAAUAAAGUCAGAAUAAGCUGUAAUAAAAGUAAUUAGAGUGCAUUGGAAUAAGUUCAUAACGUUAGAUAUCGAGCAAUACUAACAAUAGUUUUCAAUCAAUGGUAUAAAUAAAUAAUGUGCAACCUUUUUAAUCUGUAAAUGAUAUUAAUUAGAGAAAGAGCUCUAUUUUUAGAGACGAUUCUAAUCAAAAUUCUAAUUAGCCUUCCAAAAACUAACUAGAAUUGCAAUGUAUUCAUGUUAAAAAGUUAAAAGGAAUAGGUGAAAAAAUAGAAAAAGAAAUAGCAAAGAACUUGUUUUCAAAUAAUCAUCUAAUUUUAGCUACCUCUCCAACUAAUCAGCAGCAUAUGUCACAGACGCAGAAUUAGUUUACUAAAACUGCAACACAAAAAGUUUAUCAGUCAUAAAAUUCUUAAGCUUUAAUAAAUAAUUUUAGUAUUAUGUAGAAUAAUAAAGUUCUUGAAAAAUCAAUAAUUAAUUUUUAGAAACAAAAAGCACUAAGCACUAUUAAAUACAAUUCUUUUUUGUAGGACUUAAACUCUGGAAGCCUCAAAUCAAGUAUUCAUCAAUCAGGAGAAUAGAAUAAACAAUUACUAGGAGUAUAAUCCCAAUAAGAACUUUAGUAUUGCAAAUUAAAGACAGAAUCUGCUUUAUUUAAUGGAAGAGGGAGUAUGACUCCUACUACUAUGAAGCAAGAUCCUAAUGAAAUUAUAUUUACAAGUUAAAAUAACUAUCAAGAUUCUUUUUUGGAGAACAAAGAUUAGUCUCAAAAAUUGUUUUUGCUUGAAGGUUAUAGCUAAACAACUAACUAAGCAUAAAAAAUAUAAUAAUUUCCUUAAAAUAAUUCAGAAGAUAUUCAAGUUUAACUAUAGCAAUCCUCUUUGUAAUAUCAAUAAGCUAUGUAGCCUUUAUAGUAGUUUUAAUAACUACAAUAAUAGUACUUGUUUCCUAAAAGUUAAGCAGGAAAUUAAGCAUAAUUUUUUCAAGAACUCAAUAAAUAAAGAAUUCUUAGUAGCAAUAAUAAUAACGUAGUAUAAAAUUUAUCUAAUAUAAGCUCAGUACUUAUAAAUAAUUAACAAUAACAAAAUGCAACAUCCAAAAAGCGAUUAGCUUCUGCUAAUUAAUAUAAUAGAAAAUUGAUGUCUAAUUAUAAAAAACAAGAGCUUUUAGUAACAACAAUAAAACCAGAAUUUAUAAAUUCAUAACUAGAAGAAUAGAGUAAUAUUAAAAAUAGUAUCCAUAUCAAAACUCAAAUUUCAAAUAACAGCAUGAUUAAUUCUAAAAACAAUAAAAACAAAAAUAUAACAAUAAAUAACACUAAUAAUGAAAUUAACCAAAAUCAAUAACUAAACUAAUCAAAAAAAAUACCAGGAUUUAACGUCCUCGAGGGCAUUCAAUAGUUAAGCAUAAAAUAAUAGCUCCAAGGCUCUUAAUCAACUACAAAUGCAACUUCUACUUCUUCUUAAAUAAAUAACAAUAUUACUAACAAGCAAUUCAAACUAACAAAUUUUACUAGCCCUAAAACUCAAAAAAGCUUUUAGGUUUUAUAUAAAAUAUGUAAUAAAAAUAUACUAAAUACUGGUCUAAAAGAACAGAAAUCAACAUUUAUUAAACUAAUAUGA